UGCUUUAGUACAGUAGUAUAUGGAUGGGCAAAGAUAGAUAGAUAGAUAGAUAGAUAGAUAGAUAGAUAGAUAGAUAGAUAGAUAGAUAGAUAGAUAGAUAGAUAGAUAGAUAGAUAGAUAGAUAGAUAGAUAGAUAGAUCUGAUGAGAAACAGAUUUUGACUUUUCCCCUGUAAGCCAGUGUUCAGGUGUAGAUAAUCACCUGUUCCUCUCCAGGAAGCACCUUACAUCCGAGUCUACUGAUGCGGUUAAAUAAUGGCUGUCAUUUAAAGGAUGUUAUAUUUUUCAUCAUAACACAUUUCAAAGGUGUUACAUGUGUAAAGGGUCUAUCUGGAUCAUGAAAGGCACAUCUAAGCUUUCAUGUUUGUUAUGCGUGUGGGCCAUAAUUUGCCUUAAUUACCACUGUAAUGCACUGCACACUUCCUACAUAAACACUCAGAAAAUAAGCACUAAUGAAAGAGCCAUUCUUUUUUCUUUUUUUUUUACAUUAAAUUUGGGUUGUUGCUGUAGGACCAUUAAAACAUCGGGGCAGAUUGCUCAUCCACAGUAGAGCUCAUCAUCUGUCUGUAGUUUGGACUCUCACUUUGGUCAGAUACAACAAUGCAGACAGUUAUGUUUUUGCUGUCUGUUAUUUCUGCAGUACAAUGCCUGGAGUCUAACAUUAUCCAGUCUUCUAGAGAAAUGACAAGCUCCCAAGAGUCAGUUUUGCAUUUACAGAGCGAGAUAGCAGCAAAUUCCCAUAAUUUUGUUAGGAGAAGAAGCUUUGCUAAUCUGGGAAUCACAGACUGCAACAUUGCACAGGCAAAUAAAACAUGCAAAAGCUCCAAGAAGAAACAGCGAUACGCAAGUAAAACAAGGAUUCAAGUGAAUGGACGAAGAAAGCAGCGAGUACCGGAGAAUUCCCCGUGCGUGCGCUCGCGUGAUUGCGAGGAGGGUCUGUGCUGCGCGCUCUACUUGACCGGUAGGAGAUGUCAGCGCGUUCCCGUGAUGGGCGAGGUCUGCUUGCUGCGGGGACGCGCUAAAUUCCGCAGAAGACUGGACCGCUGUGACUGUGAAACGAACUUGUACUGCCGCGCGCAAGCCGACAGCCCGCGUGGACAAGGAGUGUGUAACCCAUAGACUGUAAAAGAUGUAACCUCAUACGAAGGAGUGGGGAAAAGACUGGUUAACCACUCCAAAAAAAGCAAAUUAUACUGGUAACCAUUACUCAGUAGCGUUACGUUUCAGAAACAUUACAGGAAAAAUCGUGACUUACGUUCAAAAGAUUUUUGAUUGACGUAUACUAAUAAAACCCGAUAAGUCGUUCUUUAAAAAUAAAAAAUGAGUAACGUUUAUGUCUGUAAAUGAAUACAAGUCUGACAAAGCACGGCCUGGGCGUACCUUUCUGCAAAAUUGUAAUUAACUAUCGAGCGACCUCUGUUGGUUAAGAACAUGCACGACUAGUGUGAAUGAUCAAUCUCAAGUAUCAGCCCCUAUUUUCCUGUAUACGUUAUUCCUUGGGGGUAAAAAUGUCCCCAGAAAUUAAAAGAGUGAUUAAAAAAUAUAUAUACAUUUUUAACUAUACAAAUAAUAUAUCAUUUUUUGUUUACUUCCCAUCUAUACAAUAAUGCUGUGUUUUGGGAGAUAUUAAGUACUUGUUUACCACUCAAUUCCUCAACUACACCAUGAGCUUACCUUUAAAAUAUCAAAUUUUUAUGAAAAAUUCACAUAAAUUAUGACCUAAAUUUGAUUUAAAUUGUUUUUAGAUAUUGAUCUAGAUGUUAUGUGUUGAAUUUGGCCAUUUGGUGUUUAGAAAAAAAACAUAAAAGAAUUAAAGUUUAGGAAAUAAAUAAUUUCGACCAGCAGAUGCCCAUAGAGACCCAUUCAUUUUACUGGAUACGGCUAACUGCUCAACAUCAGUACUUUAGUGAAACAUUUUGUGAAUUUAUGUAUAUAUACAAACAUUAAAACAUUAAAAAUAAAUAUUAUUUCAAAUAGUGGAAUAUUUUGUAGUUUUUGAUGCAUUUUGAAAUGUCUGUUGUUACAAAAUGCCACAGAAAUUUGAAUGAAUGUAAGUGUGUUUGUGUGUGUGCGCACAUUUGUGACUUUGUCUUUCUGUGUGUGUCUGUCUUUAUGUGUGUGUAAGUUUUAAUGUGUCUAUGUGUGAGAGUCUGUGUGCACACUGUGUGAGCAUUUUACAUUUUGUUUUGCAUCUGUGGCUGUUUUUUUGCCAAAUUCUGUAAAAAAUGCUCUAUCUGAGGCAGUCAUACCUUUGUGUGUUUGUGUGUGUGUGAUUGAGCAUGUCUUUUCUAUAUUGCAUUUGUGCUCUAUUACUAGGCCUACCUUUCUACGUUAAAAUUUUCAGAUUUACUCUGGAUGCAUUGAUUUUUUGGACAAAUAAAAAGAAAAGAAUGUUUGUUUGUUUUUGCAUUUCCCAUUCAUUUCAAUUGGGGUCAUUUUUACCCCCAAACUGCCUCUUUUGGUAAUUUUUUUUACACCUCUUUAGAACGACCAAAUCAAGCCCAGUUUUUUAUAUGAAUCUUUACAGAUGAUCUGAAAAAGUAACAA